AUGACACAUCAAUCAAUUAUGCCUCUUCAUCCAAAUCAAAAUUCUUAUUAUACAUAUACACUGAAUAAUAAUAAUUAUCCUGGACAGAUUGAUCAAUGGAGCCAAAGAGCUAAUAAUGGUGGAUCUUAUUGGAGUACAGCUAAUAGUGAUAUUAGGAAUAAUAAUAAUUCAAUAUCACAAUGGUCGACAGGAUGGUUAAAAGUCAAAUUAAAUUCUCAGGUUAAAUGGCAUCGUCGAUAUUGUAUUAUUGAUUGGGACAAAGCUAUUCUAUUUAUUGCAUCUAAAUUCGAUGGACGUUAUCAAGAUUUGAUUAAACUUUUACCAAAUGUUUUUAUUAAUGAUUGUGAAUCUUCAAAUGAUAAUAAAAUUGAAAUUAAAGUAGAUAAUGAAGUACAUAUAUUACAAGCUGAAUCCAAAAAAGAAUAUGACUGUUGGUUGUUGGCAUUGAAAAGAACUGCUUAUAGUCGGAUUGGUGGUGGUAUCUUUGGUCAAUCAUUAGACGAUACGUAUAAAUAUUCUCUUGACAAAACAACUCUUGUACCUUUAAUUGUUCGGCAAUGUUGUGAAUAUCUACUUGACUAUGGCUCCACAUUUGUUGGUUUGUUUCGGUAA